AUGAUACUAAACCUCUGCAAUUGCAAGGAAGAUGUUAAGAGGAAAGCUUAUGCUGUGAUUGAUAAGUUUGCUGAGCGUGGACUACGAUCUUUGGCUGUUGCAAGACAGGAUGUUCCUGAGAAGAAGAAAGAUGCUUCUGGUGACCCAUGGCAAUUUGUAGGUCUUUUACCUCUGUUUGAUCCUCCGAGGCAUGACAGUGCUGAGACAAUUAGGAGGGCUUUAAACCUUGGUGUUAAUGUUAAGAUGAUAACCGGGGACCAGCUUGCAAUUGGGAAAGAGACCGGUCGCAGGCUUGGAAUGGGUACGAACAUGUAUCAUUCUUCUGCACUGCUCGGACAAGACAAAGAUCCUUCUUUGGGUGCACUUCCUGUUGAUGAACUGAUUGAGAAGGCUGAUGGAUUUGCAGGAGUCUUUCCAGAGCAUAAGUAUGAGAUUGUUCAUAGGCUGCAACAAAUGAAGCACAUAUGUGGUAUGACUGGAGAUGGUGUGAAUGAUGCCCCGGCUCUCAAGAAGGCGGAUAUCGGUAUAGCUGUCGCGGAUGCUACUGAUGCUGCGAGAGACGCUUCUGAUAUCGUUCUCACAGAAUCUGGAUUGAGCGUUAUCAUUAGUGCAGUGCUCACAAGUAGAGCCAUCUUCCAAAGAAUGAAAAAUUACACCAUUUAUGCGGUUUCAAUCACGAUACGUAUUGUGUUCGGCUUCAUGUUCAUUGCUCUCCUAUGGGAGUUUGAUUUCGCGCCUUUCAUGGUCCUGAUCAUAGCAAUCUUAAACGACGGAACAAUCAUGACAAUAUCAAAGGACAAAGUGAAGCCAUCUCCACAGCCAGAUAGCUGGAAACUCAUAGAAAUCUUCUCGACCGGCGUCGUGUUUGGAGGCUACCAAGCCUUAAUGACUGUCGUUUUCUUCUGGGCGAUGAAAGACACUGAUGUUUUCUCGAACAAGUUUGGUGUGAGACCAUUGAGCCAACGUCCUGAACAGAUGAUGGCUGCUCUGUAUCUACAAGUUAGCAUCAUAAGCCAGUCUCUCAUCUUCGUCACCAGAUCCCGUAGCUGGUCUUACGUCGAACCCCCUGGUCUUCUCUUACUUGGUGCAUUUGUCAUAGCUCAACUGGUGGCGACAUUGAUAGCGGUUUAUGCGAACUGGAGUUUUGCUCGGAUAGAAGGUACUGGUUGGGGAUGGGCUGGAGUAAUCUGGCUAUACAGUCUCGUAACAUACAUUCCUCUUGACUUACUCAAGUUUGGUAUACGCUACGUUUUGAGUGGAAAAGCUUGGUUAAACCUUCUUGAAAACAAGACUGCAUUCACAACGAAGAAAGACUAUGGUAAAGAGGAAAGAGAAGCUCAAUGGGCUGCAGCUCAAAGAACUCUCCAUGGACUUCAACCACGUGAGACAAACAACAUCUUCAGUGAAAGGAACUGUUAUAGCGAGCUCUCUGAGAUCGCUGAACAAGCUAAACGCCGAGCUGAAGUUGCUAGGCUGAGAGAGCUAGACACAUUAAAAGGACAAGUAGAGUCAGUGGUGAAGCUUAAAGGACUUGACAUUGACACAAUUCAGCAACAUUAUACAGUCUAAUUAAGUUUGAUUGUGACUCUACUACUUUGGUUACUUUAAAACUACUUUUAAUUGAAAAAAUGCAAUCAAAAGUAUGUUGAUAUAUGCGAGUCUAUAUCUAACUUUCUUCUUUUGUCUUUUAACUGUCGAAGAUCAUACAAAGCCUUGUUUUAAUGCUUUUCAGGAUCUUUGAUCUUUGUAUUGUUGUGUUUGUGUAACUGUAACUGCUUAACUUUUGUUUUUGAAAAUUCACAAAUAUGUUUUUUUUUUUAGCAUAGUUAAAA